CCCCUGGCCACCGUGCCUCUUUCGACGCUGCUCCGGUCCUACUUUGUCUACACCUGUUGCUCGUUUCCCUCGCUCAUCGACGCCGGUCCCGCCCUGAUUGAAUGGUGCCGCGACACAAAGAUCCCAGGCGUCUGGUCUCUUACCGAGUGGGUCGUGAGGAGGACCUUCUUUGCCCAGUUCGUCGGAGCCGAAACGGCCCAAGGAUGUAUUCCCCUGCUGUCCUCGCUGUCACGGAGCAACCUCGGGGCCAUUCUGAACUUCUCCGCCGAGGUGUCCAACGAAGACGUCAAGAAGUCGUCGGCCAACGAAUCGCCCCUCUUUGACGAGCUCGUGGACGAGGUGAUCAAUGCCAUCGACGUGGCUGCCCACGUCAGUCAGCUCCCCGCCGACUACGGCGCCACGACGGACGAGGAACGCGCGGCUCUCAAGGCCCGACCGAACCGAGACGGAAGCAUGAUGGUGGCCGUCAAGCUUUCUGGCCUGCUUCGGGACGCCUCGAUCCUCGAGCGAGCCAGCAGCGCGAUUGUCUCUCGCGAGCACUUUAGCAGCCCUCCCCACCCGUUCCCUCCCGUCUCUGUCAACGGCAAGGUGGGGCCGUGCGCGGGGCUGGCCAUACCCAUCGCUGCGCUGGACCGCACCGACGUCGAGGGCCUGCGCGCGCUCUGGGCCGCAAUGCAAAAGAUUGCCUCGCACGCCAGGCAGCUCGGCGGCGUCGUCACGCUCCUCGUCGACGCAGAGUACAGCUGGUACCAGCCUGCGAUUGAUGCCUUUUUCGAGUCGAUUGCCGCCGAAUACAACAAGCUGUCGUCGCCCACGGCCAGCCAGGGCCCGCUGAUCUACAACACCUUUCAGGCCUACCUCCGCCGCACGCCGAGCCACCUGCAGGCGUCGUUGGAGCGCGCAAAGAGCGGCGGGUACAGCCUGGGCGUCAAGCUGGUGCGCGGCGCCUACGUCGACUACGAGAACCAGCAGUGGCGGAAGCGCGUCGUCGAUCCGCCGCCCAGCCUCGCUGCUGCCCGCGAGGGCCACGUGUGGUCGAGCAAGACGCUGACCGACCAGUGCUUUGAUGGCUGCGCCCGCCGGCUCGUCGACGAGAUCCACCUGGAUCUGCUGCACACUCGACGGCCACCCAGCCUCGGUGUGAUAUUUGCCAGCCACAACACCGAGUCGGCCCAGGCCGUGAUUGAGCAAAUGGCCUCGUCGGGCCUGGCCCAGCCUCCUUUGCCUGCGGGCGACUACCCGCUGGCACUGGCACCCCACGUCCGCGGCAGGCUCUUUUUCGCUCAGCUGUAUGGCAUGUCGGACCAGCUCACGCGCACGCUCCAGUCGACGUUUGACCCCCUGUCGGGCGGGCCAGGCCCCCACCUGGUGCAAAAGUACGUGCCGUACGGCAGCCUCAAGCUCGUCAUGCCCUACCUGAUCCGCCGGGCCCAGGAGAACAAGAGCGUCAUGGGUGGCGGCAAGGCCCGGGCCGAGCGCAAGGAGCUGGCCAGGGAGAUUCGCAGCCGAUUCAGCCUC